AUGGCCCAGGAAAAUGAUGAACAUAACACCGAAUCUAGAGCAACAGAUGUGAAAAACAACUCUAGGGAAUUUCCAAAGCCAGUUGAUUCAAGCGAAGAUGACUUUGUUGUGAAGUUUAAGGGUGAAGUUAUUAGUUUGAGAAAUAUUUCCAAACUUCUCCAUCAGCAAAACAUCACUCUACCAAACGAAAAGGAGUUUUUCAGAGUAAUACUUCAACAGAAGAAUUCCACAGCACAGUCAUGUAGAGGCAGAUGUUAUGUUGGAGAAAGACAACAGUGUAAGAAAUGUUAUUGUGAUAAGGUUUGCGAAACAUUUGGGGACUGUUGCUUUGAUUUUUACUCGAGGUGUCGUAAAAUUUCAAGUUCUUUCUUUCCGGCGAACGUAGAAUGUGGGAAAGUUGGCAGUUCAUCUUGGUCAUGUGGAAUAGUCAUGAGAUCUACAUGUGAUUCACGUGUCAGUGCGAGUACAAAAGACUGUCAUCGUAUCCAAAGGUUGAAUUUCACGCCAUAUAAAGAACUACCAGUGUAUAGCUGGAAACACAAUCUAACUUACAGAAGCAUUGCCUGUGCGAGGUGUAACAAAGAAAAAAACACGUCGUUUUGGGGUCUCGACAUCUCAUGUAAAUUUACCUCCGGAAAAGGACCUGAUCCAAACAUCACCAUUAUUAAGAAGUUUCUGAAGGGACACAGCGACUGCUCAUGGAAAUAUUCACCAACGCAAGCCAUUGAAAAGUACCAACAGUUUUGUGUCAUUCAUGAUUCAUCAUGUUCUUCUAAAGAGCUGAGAAUGCCAUCUGCAGUCAGACAAUUGUGUGCGCUGUACGCCAUGACUUUUACAGUUGAGAAUGGACAAGGACGGCGCGAGUAUAGAAAUCCCCAUUGUGCAUUUUGUAAUACCGAGGGAAGACUGAAUACCGCUGAAAAACCAAUACCUCCGAUAGUGCCUCCAUUGAACAUCCUUCUAGACGUAAGCAAAAAUAUAGAGGAACCAGCUGCACCAAAACCUGUUCAUCCAACAAACCCAGCUGAGACUCGAACAGUGAGCCAUAAUAUUUCACUACAGGUUCUUAACUGCAGCUUAAAAUUGGAUAAUUGUACAGUUAUCUUUAGAAAUAAAACAUGUCGGGUCUUCUAUCCUGUGAAAAACCAAUCAAAUCAAACGAUAUAUCCUUGGAACAAAAGUUUCACGAUGGUGACGAAUCAAUCUUCGUACGACGAAACUAAUUUUCAUAUUUUGUGUCCAGAUCAUCCGACCAGAAAGAAUGAAUGGUACAGCGAAAGUUCAGCUCUCUUCCUCAUCACAUUUACUGGCAUGCUUUUUUCCAUAUUCUCGCUCUGUUUGCUACUCAUAGUCUACGUAUCCUUCAAGGACCUUAAAAACCUUCCCGGACGAUGUGUCAUCAGUCUCUCUGCCGCGUUGCUGUUAUAUCAAAUAACAUUUCUCAGUGCUAAAAAAUCAACAGAGGUUGAUGUUCUUUGCAAAGCAGUCGCCAUUUUACUCCACUUUUUUAUUCUCUCUACAUUUGCAUGGAUGAGUAUUAUGGCCUUUGAUGCGGCAAAUACGUUUUCCAUCAAAGUGACUGUCAGGAGAAGACAACCAUCAGACACAAGAAAAAUCUUCAUCAAAUAUUGCAUAGUGGGAUGGGGACUUCCUGCAGUAAUCGUUGGUUUAUGUUCUGUGCUGGACCACACCGGAACCUUCCAUAUCGGAUACGGAAAUUUGGUUUAUUGCUGGAUAUCCGAUUCAAAAGCGUUGACUUUUGCUAUGGUUAUUCCUGUUAGCGCCACCUUGGUUUUCAAUAUAGUAUGCUUCACCAAAAACAUUUAUGUCAUUCAUCACUUGCAGAUGGUAUUCAUGAUGACCAGCAUAAUUUCAUGGGGAACUGACGAAUUUCUGGGUGUAACUCGCGAUAAAAAAAGGGUAAUUUAG